UUAUUUCUUUCUUUUUUUUUCUUUCUUUUUUUUCUUGCACAUUACAUCUUACUUUGGAUUGGAUAAGAGUCUUACACGUGUCUUGGGCAAUGUUCUUUAAAUUUGCUCACGGCGCUCAGACACACGUGAAGAGUUAGACGGCGCAAGAACGUUGAACUGACGUGAGAAGAAUAAACUGCAAAACAAUGAAAUCCCUAUUCGGAGCUCUGCUGUACUGUUUAUCCGCCCUGGUGUGUGAGGUCCGCGGAACAUACAGGCUUUACGGAUACGACCAACAGCGCUACGCGGGAAGACCUGUUGCGCGGCCGCGCUUGCAUCCCAAUCUGCAGCCGCUGCACAAUGCUCUCAGUCCAGGAGUACACGGCAAUAAUUACAGGUUUUAUGGCUAUCACUACUAUCACCAACCACCGAGGAUAUCGCCGCCGGUCAUAUACCCCCAGCCAACCGCGCCCCGUCCACCGACCGCGCCCCCUCCACCUGAGCUGCCGGUCAGUACCCAAAGUGGAAUCACGAGCACCGUCAGUGCUAUCGCAGUGACGCAGUGCAAGAGCCGUCCCCUGGACCUGGUCUUCAUCAUCGACAGCUCCCGCAGCGUGCGACCGGGCGAGUUCGAGAAGGUCAAGGUCUUCCUGUCCGACAUGGUGGACACGCUGGACAUCGGGCCGGACGCCACGCGCGUGGCGGUGGUCAACUACGCCAGCACGGUGAAGAUCGAGUUCCUGCUCAGGACCUACCUGAGCAAGGUGGAGCUGAAGCGGGCGCUGGCGCGCGUGGAGCCCCUCUCCGCCGGCACCAUGACCGGCCUGGCCAUCAGGACGGCCGUGGACGAGGCCUUCACCGAGGAGUCGGGCGCCCGCACGCAGGACAAGAACAUCUCCAAGGUGGCCAUCAUCGUGACGGACGGCCGGCCCCAGGACAAGGUGGAGGAGGUGUCGGCCGCCGCCCGGGCGGCGGGGAUCGAGAUCUACGCCGUGGGCGUGGACCGCGCCGACAUGCAGUCGCUGCGCCUGAUGGCCAGCAUCCCGCUCGACGAGCACGUCUUCUACGUGGAGACCUACGGCGUCAUCGAAAAGCUCACCUCGAAGUUCCGGGAGACGCUGUGCGGCAUAGAUCCCUGUGCCCUGGGCCACGACUGUGACCACACGUGCAUCAGCAUGAACAACUCGUACUACUGCCAGUGUCGGGAUGGCUACGUCCUGAACGAAGACCAGAAAACGUGUGCACAACCUCCACCUCUGGAGCUGAAAGCUCACGCCUGCAACACCAGGGUGCUCGACCUGGUCUUCGUCAUCGACGGCUCCAAAAGCAUCGGCCCCGAGAACUUCGAGCUGGUGAAGCAGUUCGUCGACCACAUCGUGGACUCGCUCCAAAUCGGCAGCCACUCCACCCGGGUCGGCCUGGUCCAGUUCGCCAGCGCCGUUCGGACCGAGUUCAGCCUGGGCCAGCACGGCACCAAGAAGGCGGUCAAGGAAGCGGUGGCCGCGGUCAGGUACAUGGCCAUGGGUACGAUGACCGGCCUGGCACUGCGCCACCUGCUGGAGAAGAGCUUCGAGGAGAGCGAGGGAGCCAGGCCCCCCGCGGCCGGCGUGCCCAGGGUCGCGGUCGUGUUCACGGACGGGCAGUCCCAGGACUACGUCUCCGACCACGCCCGGAGCCUGAAGGACCAGGGUGUGGAGAUGUACGCCGUGGGGGUGGGUAAGGUGGCGGAGAAGGACCUGCUGGAAAUCGCCUCCAAGCCGCACAGCGAGCACUACUUUUACUCCGCGGACUUCAGCACUGUGAAGUCCAUAGCCAAGGCCAUAAAGAGCAGGUUCUGCCCCGGUAAGGAGAGGCGGGAGGAGGUCCUCCUGGAGGCCUGCGGCACGCUCUUCUUCUUGGGAAUGGCUUCACAACAAAAUGGCUGACGGAAGAAACGGGAAGUGGCUGAAUGAAAAGGAAAAAAAAAAAAACAAUAACCAACUUGUUGCCCUGCUUUGAUAAAACUCUGGUUUGACGCUGUGCUGAUUGGAUGCUUCUGGAUGUUCUCCCCCCUGCAUGGUGAAACGCCGUCUUACCGGUCUGUCCCUGUAACCGUGACGACAUUAUAUUUCAGCUGCUCUGCCGAGUGGCGGUGAUCUGUUGUAUUUCACUGUGACCGAAUCGAGCCCUAAUCACAGCAAAGGUGCUGGCGAAUGAAUAACCGCUUCCCUGAGACUUGGCUUGAUCGGUGGCCUGUGCCUUAAUCCGCUGUGUCAUGAUUAUUAAUCCUCUGGUGUGCAACCGCUUAUGAUUUAGCGCUGCCAUGAUUCUCUGACGAUUCAGACUGCUGCGCUUGUGGGAAAUCGCAUUAGCUCCAACGUGGCUGUGGCUCAAAGCUAGCCCUGCUGAUUCACGGUUCUCCUGCACAAUGUCUGUGGACACCACAAUGGGUCGAGGUUACAUCAAAUAUUUCUCACAGAAAUUACAUCAUCAUGUUUUUUUUUUUUUUUUUUUUAUGUUUUGUGGUUCUGUACCAUUAACACUGGUUAACCAAGGCCUGUAUUGUUUGUGUGUGUGUGUGUGUGU